UGACUUUCAAGUUUGAAAUGAGAAAACAAUAAAUGUUGACACACAUACACGCCUUCAUUCACUGUUAUUACACUGCACACCAUUCUCUGCAUCACAUAAUUCCACCAUAAAAUCCCGAUUCUCUUGCUAUUCAGUGAUCCCAAUGUUCAACAGUUUUUUGAUUGACAGAUCUAGGGUUAAACCCAUUUGAUCAAUUUACAGAUUGGACUCCCCUCGAAGCUGAUUGCCCUCAUUUCAAUUUAUUUUUACCAAAGAAAGCAUGCAUUUUUGAGGGAUUUUUCAAAGAUUGAAUAUUGUAUUACUGUGAGAAUUUUUGAAAGAUGGGUGAGAAAUCUGAAAACCAGCGGUUUCAGCUUGGAACAAUUGGAGCAUUAUGCUUGUCAGUGAUUUCUUCAGUUUCCAUUGUUAUCUGUAACAAGGCUCUUAUUAGUACUCUUGGCUUCACUUUUGCUACUACUUUGACCAGUUGGCACCUUCUAGUUACAUUUUGCUCGCUUCAUGUUGCACUAUGGCUGAAAAUGUUUGAACAUAAACCAUUUGAUCCAAGAGCGGUGAUGGGAUUUGGCAUACUGAAUGGAAUAUCUAUUGGACUACUGAAUCUUAGCUUGGGAUUUAAUUCUGUUGGUUUCUACCAGAUGACCAAAUUGGCCAUCAUUCCAUGCACUGUCCUUUUGGAAACUCUGUUCUUCUUAAAGAAAUUCAGUCGGAGUAUCCAGUUUUCUCUUGGCAUACUUCUUUUGGGAGUUGGCAUUGCAACCAUAACUGACCUGCAGCUCAAUCUUCUGGGUUCUGUGUUGUCACUGCUUGCCAUUCUGACAACCUGUGUCGCUCAAAUUAUGACAAACUCUAUUCAAAAGAAGUUCAAGGUCUCCUCAACUCAGCUCUUGUAUCAGUCAUGCCCAUACCAAGCAAUAACCUUGUUCAUUUUUGGCCCAUUUCUUGAUGGUCUUCUGACUAACAAAAAUGUUUUUGCAUUCCAUUACACCCCAACAGUUUUGGUCUUCAUUGUCUUAUCCUGCCUGAUUUCCAUCUCCGUAAAUUUCAGCACAUUUCUUGUAAUAGGGAAAACAUCAGCAGUUACUUAUCAGGUCCUUGGACAUUUAAAGACCUGCUUAGUUUUGACAUUCGGCUACGUACUACUUCGUGAUCCAUUCAGUUGGCGUAACAUCCUUGGUAUACUUGUUGCCGUGGUAGGAAUGAUUCUGUACUCUUAUUAUUGUUCAGCAGAGGGCCAGCAGAAAGCUCCAGAUGCAUCAGCGCAGCAUUCUCAGGGUAAUGAAAAUGAUACAGAUCCGUUGAUAGUUGCGGAAGAUGGAGCUUCAAUCUUGGCUGACGGUGUUGUGGCAAAGGAGCCUGCCUGGAAUUCAAAAAAGGACGUGGAUGCUUGAAGGUUAUGUAGUCUUAGUUGCAAGUUCAAAAUAUACAGGCUGAUGGAUUCCAGUGAUGAAGAUGUCACUGAAAGCAAGUCACUGCAGUGCACUGUUUAGCGUAUUAUCUCAGUUAAACUUUGAGGUGUAGUUACGAAAAUUUCUCCGUUCAUUUAGGCAGUUUUGGUUAUUAGCACAAUGAAAAAAUUUGAGAACAAUGGACUAUAUAUAUAGGUAUUUUUGGGUAAUUGUAGAUGUUCAUUGACAGUGAGAUGGUAUUCUGUAGAUUUCCAUGGUCUUCAAUUCUUCAUUACAAUGUGGGUUACUGUUAAGUCU